GACCUCAACUUAUUAUUUGUACUUGUAAAGCAUAAAGCAUUAUUAUAUUACUAUGAACAUGUCUUCCCUUUUGCUUCUCUUACUUCUGUUUCUUAACCUCACUUUCAAUGCCUUCUCUGAGCCUCCUCUUCCACUUCAACCUGCUGUUGUUGUUGGCACUGUCUUUUGUGACACUUGCUUCCAACAACAUCUCUCCAAAUCUCCUCAUUUCAUCUCAGGUGCUAGAGUUGAAGUGGAAUGCAGAGAUGAAAAGACCUCUAAGACUAGUUUUAAACACCAAGUGACGACUAACAAAAAGGGAAAAUUUAAAGUUGUUUUGCCAUUCUCUGUUGCUAAACAUGUCAAGAAAAUUGAAAGUUGUGGUGUUAGAUUGAUCAAAAGUAGUGAACCCUUUUGCUCUGUAGCUUCCUCUGCAACUUCGUCUUCUCUUAAGUUGAAAAGUUCGAAGAAAAAUAAAAAUGGGGUUCGGAUUUUCUCAGCUGGGUUUUUCACUUUCAAGCCAUUGGAACAGCCCGCUUUGUGUAAUCAAAAGUCUGACCUUUUGAAAUCCAAAUUAAUUAACCCACAGCUUCCGUUCCCGCCGAUUGUUCCACCGGUCAUUCAGCCGCCGUCGUUUUUGCCGCCCAAUCCCCUGCAGCCGGCGCCACUAAUCCCAAACCCAUUUCAGCCGCCGGCGCCACUGAUUCCGAACCCCUUUCAGCCGCCGGCGCCAUUGAUCCCGAACCCCUUUCAGCCACCGGCUCCGGUGAUUCCGAACCCAUUUCAGCCGACGCCAGGGUCGGGGUUACCUCUGCCACCGCUGCCGUUUAUCUCUCCGUCGCCGCCUCCACCGACGUUGUUGCCGCCGUCGCUUGUGCCACCGUUUCUGCCGCCGAUCCCUGGGAUUCCGUCUGGUCCGCCUAGAGAGGAAACUACUUCACCGAUCAAACAGAGCCCAUGAAGGAUGAUUAUUCAUUAUAAUUAUGGUUAAAGAUUGUUUUUUCUUUUUUCUUUUUCUUUUCAUUUUCUAAUGGGUAUAAUUUGUAGUAAUGUGUUAUGAUGGAUUAGUAUGUAGUAUAUCUUAUAAGUUUAGCACAAUAUUGGGUUUUGUUUCUAAUAUAUUAUUUAAAUUUGGAUUAUAAAUAAAAUUGGUGUUACUUUA